UUCAGAACAUUGUCAGUGAUCCUCUACUCAUGUAGGCUACUGAUGCUGAAGAACACCUGGAUGAAGGAAUUGCAGCUCAACUUUUGAUUACAUUAUUUUUUUUUAACUUUAGAUCAUUUGUAUUUUAUUUAGGCAACAACUAUGAAUUACUACAUUAUGUCCUUAAUAUGGGCGAUUACAUUACCUGCGUGCAUGGCCAUCCAGGGAUUAUACAAUUUCGGUCAGCCCGAGUUAUUCUUCAAAAAGAAUUGCAAGCCCAUCCCGGCCAAUCUUCUAUUGUGCCAUGACAUCGAAUACACCGAGAUGCGCCUCCCGAAUCUUCUCGGGCACGAGACCAUGAACGAGGUUUUGCAGCAAGCCUCUUCGUGGAUUCCACUGGUCCAGAAGCAGUGUCACCCCGACACGAGGAAGUUUCUUUGCUCUCUCUUUGCACCGGUGUGUCUGCACGAUUUGGACGAGCCUAUCCAGCCGUGCAGGUCGUUGUGCGUGAGCGUCAAACACGGUUGCGCACCGGUGAUGUCCGCGUUCGGGUUCCCGUGGCCAGAUAUGCUUGACUGCGAGCGCUUCCCCCAAGACAAUGACCUGUGUAUCCCUCCAGCGGGCAUCGAUUAUUUCAUGCCAGUUACCAAAGAAGUGCCCAGAGUGUGUGACGCCUGCAAGGAAAAGGAGGAAAAUGACAAUGAAAUAGUUGACAACCUGUGCAAAAACGACUUCGCCCUGAAGAUCAAGGUAAAGGAGAUCUCCUACAUGAACGGCGACACCAAGAUCGUGCCCGAGACCAAGAGCAAGACCAUCUACAAGCUGAGCGGUGUGACGGAACGAGACCUGCGCAAGACGGUGCUCUGGCUCAAGGAUGGCCUGCAGUGUGUGUGCGACGAGAUGAACGACAUCAACGCCUCCUACCUGGUCAUGGGCCAGAAGAUGGAUGGCCACCUGGUCAUCACCUCGCUCAAGCGCUGGCAGCGGGGCCAGCGUGUGUUCAAGAGGAUCUCGCGCAGCAUCCGCAAGCUGCAGUGCUGAGCGAAGCCAGACUCAAGACCCGAUGAGUCUUAUCUAAACUCUAAGAGCCGGAUCUGGUCCGAUCCGAAUGCAACUAGUUCUCAGUCAGUAUUGUUAAACAUCUUGUUUUUAGUACCAUGUUUAGCGCUGCCACGGGCUACUUUUCAACACGUUUAUUGUUUAUUAGGAUUUCCUUUGAUCCAUCAAUAGUCCUUAUAAGAUAAGACAAAUCACAUGACAUUAAAAUCAAAGACAAACAGGUGAAUAUUGCAGGUCUAUUACAUACUACCUGUAAUGUUGUAUGCAUAUUUCAGUGUUUCUGAAAAGAUUCAAAAUCAUUCUUUUCAUUUUUUCAUUAUGCAAUGCCGUCUGUUAGGCUACACUUAUCCAGACUUGAUGAUGAGGCUGGAUACAUUUAGUGCAUUGGCCUGUCAUUAGGUGAGAGGGAGAGUGUGUGGUUUCUGUGUGCAUGGUGUGAUAUUGUUUCAGAUGUAUUCUUUAAGAUGAUGAUAUGGUAUGUAACGAAACACAAUGUAAUGUGCUUUUUUACUUAUUAUUUUUCUCAAGCAAUGAGAGAUAGCUGGCUAUAUUCUCUGCCUUUUAGAUAGUACUUCCAAUGUGCCCCUGGCAUUGCAAGUUCAGCAGCCCCAUAUCAUUGCAGUGACGACAAUCCAUUUUUUGACCCUCUGCAGUCAAUGGACUAUGUCACCUUUUUGUACACGAGCCUCAAUACUGCACUGUUUAUUUUUCUACCACAAUUAUUGAUUAUGAAAUCAAGA